AUGAGUGCAAGUCUGCACUAUGAAAAAAUAGCUCUUACCAAACAAGAGCUAGCACAUGUAUAUAAGCAGUUUGUUGACGCUGCACAGAAAAAGUACGAGCAGCACUUGCCAGUGUCUGGUCGUCAUGAUCCAUUACAGAUCGAGGUGGAGAACCUGGUGAACGAGAUGUUUGCUGAGGUUUUUGAGAUGGCCAAAUGGGCGCUUAUUGUGGAUGGGAACGAUUUUGCCGAGAAUGAUAUUUCAAUGAAGGAGUUUCUACUGCUCAGGCCAACUGAGGAGGUUAUGCCUUUGGAUACACAGUUGAACCUGAAACUACGUACGGUUAUUCAGGAGGUUGAAAAGGAGACCACAGAGGUGACCAGGCUUCGACGGGAGUUGCCUGAACGCGCUAAAGAUGCGUAUGAGCUGCUAAUAUCGUCUACUGACGAGGAUGUCACAGCCUUCAUCAAGAACCUUAACGAGAAAUACGAAACAAGCCAGGAGGACGAGAUCCACCCAGAACUACUAGAAACGAUCCCUAGCGCACAGGAUCUACUAAGCGAUUACGAAGAAAGCAUAGCUCGCCUUUCAGCGCUCAAGAACGAGCUACCGCGCCAGCUUGCCCAGAUGGAGUCAUGGAACAGCACGAUAGAGUUCCUCGAGGAGAGAAGAGAGCAGCAGCAGGCCGAGAAGAAGCUUCUAUAG